AUGCAAUACGGCACCAAGGAUAGUUUUGUUAUUGGGGCAAACAGAAACUUGCCCAAUUCCCUAAGCCAAUUGAAGGGCGAGAAUGAUGAUUUGGAACCAUCGAACGUCGAAAUUGAGAGUCUGAAACCACUGGAGAAGGGGCCCUCAAGCAAGACUAAGGCACCUUCCACGAGAUUCAAGAAGCAUUGGCGCCGCUUCUGGUGUUGCUACUUGCUCGGAUGUAUUUUGUUGCUUGCAAUUCUUCUUCCCAUAUUCUUCAUGGUAGUCAUCCCUGCCGUUGCGCAACUAAUUGUCAACGACACAAGCCUACCUGUGUAUUCUGCCUCGAUCAUGGAUCCCAAGCCAGACAAAGUCACGUUCACUCUUCACACUUCACUCAAGAUCCCAUCUGGCCUUAGAGUUCAUACAGACCCGCUCAACCUGAGUUUGUUCAAUCAAGAAGUGAAACCGAUGGAACCAUACUUGCUCGUGGCACUUCCGGCUUACAACUUGAAAGGGGGCACCAAUAUGAUGAGUGUGACCCGGCACAACACUGAUAUCCUCAACGAACCCCAAUUCGUGAAAACCUUAACUACUGCGGUUUAUGAAAAACGAUUUGUGAUGUCUGCAAAAGGCUCUACAGUUGGUCAUCUUGGGGCGCUCAAGGCGCCUUUGACGCUGGACAAAAAUGUUGAACUGAAUGGUUUGGAUAAGUUUAGUGGUUUUUCUAUUCCUUCAGCCCGUUUGAUUAUUCCCGAGGAAAAGGAUGGUACGAAUCUGGUGGGCACUGCGGUUUUACCCAACCGCUCCGUUUUCACCUUUGCAAUGGGAAACGUAACUUUAAAUCUCCAAAGUGCCGGCUUAAUUAUCGGACAAGCAACCUCCUACAACGUUCUUUUACGGCCUGGAAACAACACGAUCGAAUUGCGAGGCUGGGUAGAUAUCGACACUGUACUUGACAACCUUUUAGAAAUUCUCGGCACGCAAAUGUCUGCCUUGCUUGGCGGCGACUUAGAGCUUUCGGCUACCGGAAAUUCGACCAUCUACGACAACCAUCAUAUUCACUACUACGAGGAGAUCCUGAACAACCUUACGCUCACUACUCGCGUCCCCUUUAUGAAGCUUUUGAUGGACACAAUUCAUGGUAUGACGCAUUCCAAUUCGAGCUCCAAUAGCUCUUCAUUGCAAGAGGGAAUCCAGCAGGUUUCUAAAAUCAUGGGCGGUUUAUCCAAUUUGACAACUCCCCAUGAUUUAUCUCGGUCGCUUAAGCUUCUUGUAAAUACCUAG